AUUAUAUUGGAAAAUAUGAGGUGUUCCCUCAUUUCGACAGGUGUCAUGAGUGCUCCAGACUCCAGCUGCAGGUCAGUUCCUGUGGAGCAUCUGGACUACAGCUUCAUCCAGAGCUGCUCUGACCUCAAACAUCUGGAGCAGAUCCUGAGAGUUCUGCGGUCCGGUCAGGAGGGUUUUUACCCUCAUCUGAUUGAGUUCUGUGAGAGACACAUAGAGAAACUGGACCCAAAGUCUCGAGUCCUCAGGAAAGAGAAUCGCGCUGCAACUGCUUCCUGUUUCUCCACGGAGGAAUGGAGGAACAUCUCUGAAGACCUGCAGAUGUGGGAGAGAAACAUCAGAACAGAUGAAGCGGAGCUGAAGCGAAGCGCCAUAUUCAGUGAUGCUGAAAACGUGCCGCCUGUUCGUUCCUCAAACGGCCUCGUUCAGAGAAGCAGCAGCGCUACAGUGAAGACUGUGAGAGAGUCCUGCGGCCCGCGCUCCUACAGAGACUGGGACAGGUUUGAUGUGGAGGCAGAGGUCAGUAAGAUCGACGAGAGCCACACAAACACUCUCCGUCCAGAUCCUCCUUCAGUCCAGCAGACGGUCAGCAGCAGCUCAGCUCUGACAGCGCAGGAGAAAGACGUUCUCGCCCGCCGGGAGAAAGACAAAGGCAACGAAGCUUUCAGAAGUGGAGAUUACGAGGAGGCCGUGGCGUAUUACAGCAGGAGUCUGUCUCUCGCGUCUUCAGCCGCUGCAUUCAAUAACCGCGCGCAGGCUCACAUCAGACUACAGCGCUGGAGCGCGGCCCUGAGCGACUGUGAGGCGGUGUUACAGCUGGAGCCAGAAAACAUCAAGGCUCUCCUGCGUCGCGCCACUGUGCACAAACAUCUGGGUCACCAGCAGGAAUCACAUGAUGACCUGAGAGCCGUUCUUCUGAUGGAGCCGCACAACACCACAGCACUGAAGCUCCUGACGGAAGAGACGGCGCAGCAUCAGGAGAGACGCAGCACAGGCAGGAAGAUCCUCAUUCAGGAAGUGGAUGAAGACGCUCAGGACGAAGACAGACAGAAGCGGGACGUUAGUGAGGGGGAGAGUGGAAUCAUGGGAAAUACACACAAGACGCCCAGCUGCUCCAACCUGCAGACAGACGGGCCAAACGGACUGACAGACAUCAGCAGCGAUGACACCCCAGCUGGAGCUCCGCCCCCUGGACACGCCCAGCUGACGAAUGAGGAAAACACUCUCCUUGAGAACAGAGAGGCUGCAGCAGAGUUUGAGCGGCUGAAGGACGAGGGCAGCGGGUCGUUCCGGAGCGGCUGCUAUCAGGACGCAGCGGAGAGAUACACGGAAUGUCUUCAGCUGAAACCACACGAAUGUGCCGUUUACACCAACAGAGCGCUCUGCUACAUCAAACUCCAGCGCUUCACUGAAGCCCGGCAGGACUGUGACUCCGCCCUUCAGCUCCAACCCACCAAUAAGAAAGCUUUCUACAGACGUGCACUGGCCAAUAAGGGCCUGAAGGAUUACCUGGCGUGUCGUUCAGACCUGCAGCAGGUGUUGCGAUUGGACGCGAGUGUGACGGAGGCAGAGCAGCUACUGAUGGAGGUCACACACCUGAUGAAGGACAGACAUCCGUCAGGAGCGCGCAGGAGCGUCCACAUCACUGAGGUGGAUGAUGAUGAAGAUGAAGAUGAAGAUGAAGAUCAGGUCAGCAGUGCAGACGGCCGGUCCAUCAUCCCUCAGCCCUGUAACGCGUAUGAGUUUGGUCAGGCUCUGAACGUGGCUCGCUCUCAGGAUGACCUGCUGACCUGCGCUGAGCUCCUGCGCUCCGUCGCAUCAGACCGUCUGCCGCGGUUCAUGGGCUCGCAGCUGGACGCACACACCCUGAGCUUCAUCACUCGAGCGCUGAACACACACCUGCUGCACACACACCCUGAGCUGGUGUACACACACCUGCAGCAGCUGCACAACACACACAGACUCACGAUGGUGUUGAUGAUGCUGGGCCGGGACGAGCGCUCACAGCUCUCUCAGCUCUUCCAGAACCUGCGCUCAGUGCAGACUGAAGCCUUCUCCCAGAAUGACAUCACUAACCUGGCCAACAAAUACUUGUGAUGCUCCUCCCACCGCACGUCCUUCCCAUGAUUCCACACUCCAGCUGAUCUCAAUAAAAUAGGCAUGAUUUAUGCUGUCAGUGUUUCAGAGAGAA